AUGUUACGAUGGUUUCAUGUGGAAGACGAGAACACUUUCCUCUUCGGAAUCCGGUUUCGAAAUAGAAAACUGGUCACAUUCUUCGCUUUUCUUCAGCUGAUUGUUGCUUCUGUUUCAUUUGCACAACACAUUUAUUCGGUUGCUCAUUUCAAUAAGAUAUUCUAUUGCUCAUUCAACGAAACCCGUUCAAAUACGGGCCACUUUCUCUCGCAUGACGUCAUCAUAUUUGACUUUGGUCUCUUUCACGAAUUAAUCAAUGUUCAAGAAUGCAUUGCCAACUACUUGGAUGGUGGAUAUAUGCGAUGUUUGUGGUGUUUCACUCAAAUGAUCGCACUUGCAUUGACGAUUUGGACGACACUAUGCAUACCAAAACCCCAUCCAUUACUCCUUUGGCCGAUGUUGAUCAUUCAAAAUGCCUACUGUUUUGGACUAGUGAUUCUAACAAUAGCAACUGCUGAUAAGCUGCUCGUUGCUCUAUUUCAUCCUGUCAAUGCUCACCUGAAUCUUAUGAUUUUAUAUUUUGGCGUUGGUACUUGUAUCAAUCACUUCUUCGAUUAUAUUCUCUGGCAUUACUAUUGGUACGAAGAAUUCCAGUACAUAGGACGAACUGGGAAACAUGUUAUACCGUUCUGGGUGUAA